CAACAAUGUAAUGGUGGUUGUAAAAUUGCAAACAUGGUCGUUUACUACGACAUUUUUUUACGUUAGAAAAUGACUUUAUUUGAUUAAUAAUUAAGUAUAUUUAUCUAAAGUUAGUCUAUAUGUAUAAAUUGCUAUGAAAUAAACAUUUAAGAGUUCAGCCCUCGCUCUUUUUUCGCUUCAUCUAGUUAAUGUUGCGGUUCGAAUAAGCAAAGAGAGACGCUUAUUUUGUUUACUGAAAUCUUUCCACUUCCAGUUAGUUCACUAUAUAUAGCGAAAAUGUGGUCGUCUCAACAGACACUCGUCAAUAACAAAAAGAACGACGUCAUGCAAAAGAAUAAGCACACUUUGGGCAUGACCUCGGCGAUCUCGUUGGCGUCACCGAAACAGUCCGAUCUGACGAAGACCGCCGAGCUUGAGGAGGCGCUGAAGCCGUUUGACGUGUUCGAAUCGGAUCAGGAGCUCAAUCACCGCAUGGUCAUUUUGGGAAAGUUGUAUUCGUUAGUGAAACGGUGGAUUCGCGACGUGUCAAUUGUGAAAAACAUGCCGGAGAGUGUCGCGGAGCACGUCGGCGGUAAAAUAUACACGUUUGGUAGUUAUAGAUUGGGGGUGCACUGUAAAGGGGCGGAUAUCGACGCGCUGUGCGUGGCGCCGCGGCAUAUCGAUCGAAGUGAUUACUUCACGUCGUUCUUUGAAUUGCUCAAGCAACAGCCCGAAGUGACGGACUUACGCGCGGUCGAGGAGGCCUACGUGCCGGUCAUCAAGAUGAAUUUCGACGGUAUCGAAAUCGACAUGUUAUUCGUGCGCCUGCUUCUCAAAGAGAUCCCCGACAGUAUGGACUUACAAGACGACAUUCUGCUCAAGAAUUUAGACCAACGCUGCGUGCGCAGCUUGAACGGGUGUCGCGUCACCGACGAAAUGCUUAGGUUGGUGCCUAACAUUGAAAAUUUCCGGCUCACGCUCCGCACGAUUAAAUUGUGGGCCAAAAAGCACGGGAUCUACAGUAACGUCUUAGGUUAUUUAGGGGGCGUUUCGUGGGCGAUGCUCGUCGCGCGAACGUGCCAGCUGUAUCCGAAUGCGGCACCCGCCACGUUAGUCCAUAAGUUUUUCCUGGUUUUCUCUCAGUGGAAAUGGCCGCAGCCCGUCUUACUCAAGCAACCCAUCAACGCGAAUUUAGGGUUUCCCGUCUGGGAUCCGCGCGUGAACGUCACCGACCGCUACCACCUCAUGCCGAUCAUCACGCCCGCGUAUCCUCAGCAAAACUCGACCUACAACGUCUCGCAGUCCACUCGUACGGUAAUGAUCGAGGAGUUCAAGGCGGGACUCGCGCUCACGGACGAGAUAAUGCUCGGCAAGCAGAAGUGGGACAAACUAUUCGAACCGCCCCUCUUUUUUCUCAAGUAUAAACAUUUUAUCGUACUUUUAGUUUAUUCGGGCAGCACCGAGGAUCACCUGGAGUGGUGCGGAUUAGUCGAGAGUAAAGUUCGGUUAUUAAUUGUUACGUUGGAGCGAAACACGCACAUCAAAUUGGCCCACAUCAAUCCGGAGAGCUUCAAUCAGCUCGAGGCGCAGCAGGAACCGAACGUUCACUGUACUUUAUGGUUUAUAGGUUUAGAUUUUAUAAAAACGGAGAAUCUUAACGUCGAUCUUACGCACGACAUCCAACAGUUUACCGAGACGGUAAUACGGCACGCGAUGAAUAUAAAAAUGUUAAAGGACGGCAUGAAGCUCGAGGCGCGCCACGUUCGCCGCCGCGAGCUCCACCACUACAUCGCGCUCAGCUUCAUUAAGCGCGAGCGAAAGGUUAGCACGAGCAAGAACGGAACCGAGCCGUCCAGCAAACGAUCGCUGGACGCCAACGAGACCACGCCGACCGGGAAACGCUCGCGAAUUUCGGACGAGUUUGAUGACAAAUCAGACGCGUCCCUGAGCUGCAACGACGAUUCGAACAGUAACAUAAGCGGAAUCGAGGAGACGCCCCCCACCGAGACACCGCCAUCGCACGCCCUCUGCACCUGACUAUAAUUCACCUUUACCACUUUAAUGUUUUUUCUUGUAGGUGUUUCCAGGACAUUGGGCCGCCACAUUCUGACGAACAAAGCGUAAGGGAGGUACGUUCUCUCGUAAAAUAUUAUCGCAAGAAAAAUCUGUGCAAUUACUAGUGUGGGAUAUGCGCACGCGCGGCAUUCAAUACUUUAACUGUGCUGCGAUAAUAUUUUACUUUAAUAAUUAACAAAAAAAAAAACAUUUUAUCCACGUUCGAAGAUUCGCAUUUUAGUUUAAGGGAGCUCUUCUUGCAACUUUAAAAUUUAUGCUUUUAAAGUUCGAU